GGCCUGCAUUCCUCUCUUAUUUUUUGCUCCUCGUUUUUAUGAAUUGGGAUUGCGUUUUGCCUUCCGUUGUUGAUUUCGAUCAUCCCCAAUCCAAUCUUUCGUUGGUUUAGGAUUCUGUCGAUUCAUAUUCAAUUGAUUUUUUUUUCUCGAUUUGUUUGCCGAAAUUAAGAGGAUUUCAUUUUAUUUUUGGUUCUAUGUAAAAUUGCCCCCGCCAAUACGGUUUUCGUUUUGUUUGAAACUGAGCUGUUCUACCCGUGUCGUGGUCGAGUUGGCUCGCUUCCGACCCCUCACAUGUCGUGGUCACAACAGUCAUUUUGCUUUGCGGUCUUCCCUUCUUCUUGUAAGCUGUAAUUCUGCCCGCCUCACGUAACAUCCAAUGAUCCACCAUUCUUGGUUUAGCGCAGCCACGUUAAGCAUAUGUCGAAGUUAUCUUUCCUAUAUUACGCCCACCCUUGAAUUUCUUUCCCUUUCUAUCCUUUCUAGAGAAAGAGGGAAUUGCGCCGCGUCAACCUUCUGGUCUCUUUGAUAAACCCAAGGACCCAUUCCCAACUCUAUUGGGUCACAAAAAUGAGUUCACAGGGCAAAACCGUCAUUUGUCAUAUCCUCAUGUUCUCCUAAAUCUUCGGACUGGUUGGUUAGCUGUCAAUCCCUGUCAUGUUCUUGAAGCAGGAGGCGAUGACAAGGAACACGUGGCAUUUUGUUAUUAGAUAUCUUUUAAAACUGCAGGCUGAGUUUGCACUCACCUUAAGCACGCGCUGUCUUAAUUAAUUUUCCUAUUUUAGUUUAAUUUUAAUUACUUAACGAUUUAAUUUGUGGCUGUGUUUUGUUGACUGAAUAUUGUUCUUGCAGUUUUGCCGUGUACUCGGUACCAGCAAAGGAAGGUUCUUGGUCGGUGGAGUUGUCUAUAUAGCAAUUGAUCGGGCUGUCAAAAGUUAGACAUUGACAGCCCGAUUCUUUUCAACUCUUUUUUAUUUACAAGUUUCUGUUCCGGAUGUUCAACAUGGGUUCCUUGUCUGGAAUCAUUCAACGUCCUCUAGUUGCAGCUGCUGCUGUUGCCGUUGCUUCUGUUUCUGUUGAUUUUUCUGUUAAACUUCCAUCUCAUUCAUCGGAUACUUGUUCGACCUCUGAACAAAUUGAAACUUGGUCUAAUUUGUUACGAGAGUCCAAGUCCUCAUUGGUAGAUCAUAUAUCAGCUUCCAAGCUUGCAAACCUGUCUUUUGUUACCAGAAUUCGGGUACCUGUACCUAGUGUUAACUUUCCAGUUCCCAAUUCAGGCUGGAAUUUUACUCCCAAUGCGCAAUGUUCUUCUGUUGCUUCAUCUCCCCUACUGGUUAAUUUAUAUCAGUCAGCAGAGUUAGCAAAGGCAUCAAAGCCCGCUGCAUUCACACAGAGUAUCCCUACCUCGGCCCCUGAUGUUUUGUACCGAUGGCAUUUGCCGGAGCCUAGCGCAAUUGAUGUUUCUGGGACUUCUGAUUGUUCAUCAGCAAAGUCUCGUACAGUUGUUGUUUUGUUAGGGUGGUUGGGAUCUAAGCAGAAACAUCUUAAGAGAUAUGCAGAGUGGUAUACCUCCAGGGGAUAUCAUGCCAUUACAUUUACCGUUCCAAUGAUUGAUAUUAUCAGUUACCAAGUCGGUGGGAAAGCUGAGCAGAACGUAGACAUGCUUGUUAAUCACUUGGCUGAUUGGUUGGAAGAGGAGCAUGGGAAAAACCUGGUUUUUCACACUUUUAGCAAUACUGGAUGGUUAACAUAUGGCGCUAUUCUUGAGAAGUUUCAGAAGCAAGAUUCUUCCCUAAUGGGAAGGAUCAGAGGUUGCAUUGUGGAUUCAGCCCCUGUUGCAGCCCCUGACCCACAGGUCUGGGCUUCAGGUUUCUCUGCUGCUUUUCUGAAGAAACAUAGUUUUGCAACAAAAGGAUUUGCAAGCUCAAGCGAAUCAGAUGUGGGGCCGUUAGUUGGCAAAAGGGGAGUCUCAGAACCUAAGCCUGCAGUAACUGAAGCUGCUUUACUAAUGGUCCUGGAGAAGUUCUUUGAGGUGGUUUUGAAUCUUCCUGCUGUUAGCAGGAGGCUUUCUGAUGUACUAGGCUUAUUGUCAUCUGGACAACCUACCUGCCCUCAGUUAUAUAUUUAUAGCUCUGCAGAUAGAGUCAUCCCUGCUGAUUAUGUGGAAUCAUUUAUAGAGAAGCAAAGGAGGUCUGGGCGUGUGGUUCGGGCAUGCAACUUUGUCUCCACACCACAUGUUGAUCACUUUAGGAAUGACCCAAAACUGUAUACAAGUCAGCUCAGCCAGUUUUUGGAGGACUGCGUGCUUACUUGUUGUAAACAUUCUUGAUUAAGUACAUUGAAGCACUGCUUUUCAAAAAAAAAAAAAAGUACAUUGAAGCACUGGCCGUAUCCAAAUUCUUUUACCAAAUAACGAAAGAUAUUAAAUUUUGUCAAUCAUGUUUUCAUCUAAAAAAAACUUGUUUAUUAAAUGAAAAAAAAAAUAUUUAUAAAUUCAAAACCCAUUUUAUCUCUAGUUGAUUUGAAGUGAAUGAUACCAUGUACAUGUCGACCUCUUCAUUUCAUUUUGUCAUCGUUCUUGUAUAAAUAAACUUUUUUUUUUUGCCCCAAUUGUACUUAUAUGUAAAAUUGUGAAGGCCUGAGAAUGAAAUGAAUAUUUUAUUGUCACA